GGCCUGCUCGCCUUCUCUCAUCCGCGGAGAGCGAGCGCUUGGCUAGACCGAGCUACGCUCAAGAGGCGCAGGUUGCACAGGUUCCUCUCCCGGGCAAGUGUCCAGUGACUCUUAGAAGUACCAUAUUGCUCACUGAUGUGCUGAAAUCAUUCUCCCAGCAGAAAUAUCUGCCAGGAUGUUUAAAAAUGAAUAUCAGGGUGGCCCAUUUGUUGAAAUCUUCAGUGCUCAGGGCAAGAAUCCGGGAACAAACUGGAAGGUUUUUGGCAGUCCAUCGGUGAUUGGGAAAGAGUUUGAUAAGGAGGUGAAAGGCUUUGUCUUUGUUCUGGAAGGAAGUAGUCAAACAAACAAGAUGCAGCUUCCUAAGGAAACAAGGCAAAAUCUUGGACUGAUCCAGCAAUUUCUGGUACUUCAGAUCUAUGUACCACUGGGAAAAGACUUUUCAACUGAAUUGCUGAUAACUGAUUUAAGAAACAUUAAAAGAAGAUUGUAUUUAUCAACGAUCCACAAGGAAUUGUCUGUAACUCCUCUACAUGCAAAAAUCCCUCUCUUUAUGAUCAAGCGCAAAAUUUGGUGUAAUCUAUGCAUUGACUUGGUAGCUUUCACUAGUGGGAUAUUCAAAGGAGCUGUUUUCCAGUCAUUGGAUGGCAUCGUUAUUUCUGCUAACUGUAAACUGCGGAAGAUCUUCACGCUGAAGUCAGUGCCCCUGGACACAGCUGACCAAGAUGCUGAUGGGCAAACAGAUAUGCUACCUCGAGCCUGUCAAUUAAAUUCAGAUGUUCCCCAAGUCACACAGUUGCUGAAUAUGAACACGCUGUGCCCAGCAGAACAAAAAUCUGGAACUCAGCCUUUAAGCUCACCAGAACUAGGAGACCACCUAAUCAACCGAGGAUCAGCAACUGCUCGAAACAGUAAAAAUCAAGAUGUAUCCCACAUUGCAUUUGGAACUAAGGUCCUUGGGCCACCUCCAGCUUUAGGCCGAAGAUUCACUGCAAGAGCAUCUGAGGAGGUAAUAAAGUCUGCAGGCAUGAAAACUAACAGAUCGUGCCAAAUGGGGAUUUUGGAAAAGGUAAAGAAACCAGUCCAGGACACUGGCAGGUCAAAACAAUUUUCCUCACCACCUGAUAUGACUUUAGAUCAAGGAAACAAAGAAAAUAUCCAUCAUAUGAAUCAAACAUCACUGGACAAGGAUGAAUGGCUAUUUCCUGACAAGGAAAGUUCUCAGCUGGAUUCCAGCAAUAUAACAUUGAUGACUUGUGAAACAUCUUACAGCUUUUUAACUUCAGGACUGAAUGAUGACCAAGCCCAUGAAAACAAGCAAGCAGUUGAAGACCAUCAUGAAGAUAUUUUCACCUAUUCCUCUAAACCCAGAUCAGCACCUCAUGGGAAGCCCUUGAAUCUUUCAUUGGAAGGCUGUAGCUUUCCUGUGGAUUUAAGAGAAAACAUAAGCGGGCGAGGAGCUCAAAUGGAAGAUGAUUUCUAUGGAAAUGAGAGCAAUGAAGAUGAAAGCUACAGUGAACUUACACAAGAGGCUCAGAAUCUUCAUACCAGCUGCUUUAUAGCAGGAUCAUCUGAACCUGUUAUUUCCAAAGAGAUUCCACGCAAAAUGACAUGCAGGAGUCCUGAAAACUGGGCAAACAGAGGGUUUGCAAAACAAGCCAGUGAGGAAUCAUUAGCACCAAGGCCAGAAGAUUUGACUGGGAUGAUGGAAAUGACAGAUAACAUUCAAGGAAACUUGUUAUCAACUUCGUGUUUAUGUCCAACAGGAAGCGUAACUCAGUCCUGUAAAGAAACAUCUGGUACAUCAACUUCCAUAAGUAGAAAAUCCCUGAAAGAAAUUCCAUGGGAGAAUUCGAAUAAGAUUAUCUCAAUUCCUGAAUAUGACUGCAGAAAUUACCAACCAGAUAAUGUGAGUGCUUCCGAACUUGAAAUGUUGGCUAGUAUGAAACGGCAACAGAAUGAGGAGUUGGAAGAUAAUGGACCUUCACGUGAUUUGAGUGCAUCACAAAUUGAUAACUGCAACAUCAGCAUCAGCACAAGCAGUGAUGACACAACAACGUGGAAUUCAUGUCUCCCUGUGCCUGUCAAUCAAGGGUGUCACUAUCAGAAAGAAAUGAACCCUCUUUCCCAUUCCAACCCACGGGACUGGGUGAAUGUGUUCAGCCCUCCGAUAAUUUCCCCAAGCCAGACGCUGGCAGAACAUGCUGAAAGCACGGCAGACCUGAGCACGCAAGGUGAAGUGGACUUCGGGGCUGAGGAAGAUGAAGUUCUCACUCUUCUGUAUGACCCAUGUCUAAACUGUUAUUUUGAUCCUGAAACUGGGAAAUACUAUGAGCUGGCGUAGCGGUUUGCAAGGACAGGGGGUGCAGACCCUGUUCCAGCCCCUGGAUCCACACAAAACAACUGAGUUAAGACUAUGUUUUCCUCUCUGCUGUGCUCCAAGUCUGUAGUGUGAGCGGAGAAACCAAAAUGCUUGAAAAUAUUGUGAGGUUGUUUUUUUUUUUUUAAGGGAUUUGUGCUGGAUCUCAGUACAUAGCUUAGGAGACUUUUCUGGUUUCAUACACAUUUAUUGAGCCAGCUGACAUUAUGUAAAGUAUGGGAAGAAUCCCAUCUGUGAACAAAUCACACUGAAUCAAAGAUGUUUGCCAGGUGAAUCUGUGAAUGGCUGUGUGAUUAAAAAAAAAAUCAAAAUCACAUAUUCGUUCAUCUUUGAUCAUUUAAGGAGGUGUAUUGCACCUUCG